AUGAAGAAAAUUCUCCUUGUACCGCUUCUCCUUUUGAGUGCCGUGUCUGCGUCGGAUUUGAAUCUGCGCAUUCAAAAAGCACAGAAAGCGCUCCUUUCCAGUGGUCCCAGCUUUGAUCUCCUUGCCGAUUAUGAAAGAUUGGUACUUGAUAUCCGGAGCGAAGUGCUUACGUCUGCCGCAACUGCGCAGGUUUUCUAUCAAAAGGCAUUGGUAGAGAUUAGUUUGAACAAAGUACUGGCUGCAAUUGGCGAUCUCACCAAAGCGUUGGAUUUAGAUGACACAUUUAAGCCCGCCGCAAACAAACUCAUCGAUGUGUGGAUGGAUCGGGGCCUGUUUGACGAGAUCCGCGCCCGUUUUGAUCGUAAGCUGCACCCAGAUGUGUACCUGAAAAUGGAUAUGUGGGACGAGGCCUGGGCCAAGAUCGAGGCGCUUGUGGGCGGGGACGACGUCCCAGACGAGGCGUUCUCGUUGUUUGACGAUGUGAUAUUUAGACUUGCGCCUGAGCUGGCGUCUGCGUACGAGCUACGGUUGAAUUGUUUGAAGAAAAGGCUUCAAAACACUCCAUCCGAGUCUAGAGACGAUCUUUAUAGUUCCAUUGUAGCCGACUUCUCCAAGCUUGUGAAAUUGCUGCCCCAGCGGAACCUCAGCCAGUAUGCGGAGUUGGCUCAGUACUUGUUGUACACGCGUGGAAACUUCCAGGAUAGUUUCGGCUUGGUUAAAAGCUGCUUGCGCAUGGACCAUGACUACAAGCCAUGUGCCAUGCUAUCCAAAUUCUACUCACGGAUGCAAAGUAUACUUAAGCCUGCUGAGGACUACUUCAUCCGCGAUGAGUACCUUUAUCAUCCUUCAGGUGACUCCGUAGACAUUCUGAAAGAGAAACUUGAUCAAUUUACUAUUGAUUGGUCUCUAGUCUAUUCUGAGUUAUCUGCGCCGGUGAAAGUACCAAAGCGUGAGUUGAACACGCUCCCAAGUGGAGUCAACACGAAUUUCAAGUACAUUCUUUGGCAAGCGGAACAAUUCGCGGUGCUGGAGUUCGGCGACAAGAAUGGCGCCAAGCAUCUUCCUUUCAUACGCACUUUCAAGAGACUUGCUUGUGAAGCUAGUGUUAUGGCAAAGGGCGACUACAAGACCUACUGUAGCGACGUUGAUGAGUCGAAGGGAAAGUUCUUCCCAAAACAUGUACAUAAGAUCGACUCAUACCUCAAGAAGGGCAAAUUGCAGGAGGCACGUCAAAUUCUUCAGGAUUUCAACAAGAAUGUCCAGAAAACUGAUAUGUUCCAGAGACGGUACGAGCCUAUUCAGCGAGAAGAACAAAGACAACAGCAAGAGCAGCAACAACAACAGUUCUUCCAUCAACAACAACAGCAGCGUCAAUGGCAGCAGCAACAGCAACAGCAACAACAGCAGUCGCAUAUGGAUCGCUCUAAGGACUAUUACAAAAUCUUAGAUGUGCCCAAGGAUGCGGACGAAAAAACAAUCAAGAAGGCCUACCGCUCCCAGACUUUGAAGUUCCACCCAGACAAAGUCAAGAAAAGCAAUCUUUCCGAAAAAGAAAUUGAGGAAAAGAUGCAAGAAGUGAAUGAGGCUUACGAGGUCUUAUCUAAUCCUCAGGCCAAAGCUGACUACGACAAAGGUCCUCACGAACAACCACAAGGAUUCCACCAGGGUCAUAACCAACAUCACGGACAGGCUCAAUUCCAUCAAGGUGGUUUCCAAUUCAACCCUGAGGAUUUCAUGCGUAAAUUCCAACAGGCUGGCUCCAACAUGCGAUUCCAAUUCUAA